CCGAAGGAGGGAGGGGAGCAGGCGCCCGGCACACAGAAGAGCCGCAUUAGACUGGUAAAGAGCCGCAUGUGGCUCGCGAGCCGCGGCUUGCCGACACUGGCCUAGGCGAUCGGAAGCAGGUUGUCCUACCCCCCUCUCUCCCCGUAGUCUUCUGGGACACAUGACAGGUCCCAGAAGACUACAGGGCCAUUCACAAAGCGCAGCACUUCUUGCCCAUGCGCAAUGGGCACCCGGCUGUGAAGCCACAAGCUAUGCCGGCAAGACAGCCAGUGAAACCAGCUGUGGUGAGGAUACCGCUGGACCAUGGGACAGGUAAG